CCUACAGCAUGCUCGACUCGGGCCCCAUAGCAAACGACCGGCCUUGCCACGCCUUUGAGUGGUCAUUGCAGUGUGGUGCCGGCUGAUGAAAUCAGCACUGGCUAGUAGCCUGUGGUCGCAUAUCGGCUCCAGACUAUGAACCCCCAGAUCCCAUCAACUCUCCAUCUAAUGUGCUGAACAUCGACCUCAGGAAAGGCAACUGAUUUUCUUUGCACCACUCAAUGGCAUCAGACUCUAGUCAACGCUGUGCCGCUGUCGACAACACAAUCGGUCCUUACGCUGGUGCACAUUGUCGAGGAGGUUUUGAUUUUACUCUUCUUUUUGAAGAUGCCUUCCUAUGUAUAGCACCGAUCGCACUGCUCCUAUGCAUUGCUCCCCUCAGAAUAGGAUACCUUUGGCGGAAAAGCAAAAAGGUCUCGACAUCUCUGCUAUUACCAGCGAAACUUAUCGCAUGGGUGUUUCUUGCAGGUUUUGAUCUCGCCCUGCUCGUACUUUGGGCAAACCACCGCGGGUUCAGGAGCGAUGCAGCAGUUCCUGCAGCCGUUCUUAGUCUUUUGGGAGCGCUCGUACUGGGCACCCUGUCUUACUUCGAGCACUCGCGAUGCAUCCGAACCUCCUUUUGGCUCAACGUAUACCUUCUCUUCACGAUUGUUUUUGACACGGCUCGUUCACGCAGCUAUUCGCUUGACGAACAGCUGAACCAAAUUUCGAUUUUGUUCACCACUAGAGUUGGAGUCAAAGUCUUCCUCGCGGCUUUCGAAGCAAGAGGAAAGGGAAACCUUCUGCUGUCGGGCUACACAGACGAGACUCCAGAGGCUGCUGCUGGUGUCUACAGUCGUUCGCUGUUCUGGUGGCAGAAUCCUCUACUCAAGAAAGGGUUCAACAACACUCUCUCCAUCGACGACUUGUACCAACUAGACAAGUACCUCCGUGCUGAUUAUCUCCAUGGGAUUAUUAGAUCAGCAUGGGACAAAGUGGCGCACGUCGGUUCGAACUCGCUAUUCGUUACUACCUUGAGGAAACUCAAAUUGCCCAUCCUGGCAGUUGUACCACCUCGCGCCUGUCUCAUGGCGUUCAAUUUUUGCCAGCCGUUCCUUAUCAACCGCGCCGUAUCUUACUCGGAACAGGCUCCAUCAGCCCAGACAACAAACAUAGGUUAUGGGUUGAUUGGCGCAUACGUCAUUGUGUAUGUGGGCAUUGCGGUAUCCACUGGACAGUACCAGCAUUUUACUUUUCGAUUCAUUACCAUGAUGCGGGGCGGUCUCAUCUCGAUGCUCUACAACAAGGCUGUAGCCGUUCCACUGACCGAUGUGGAUACGGCAUCAUCACUCACAUUGAUGAGUGCUGACAUAGAGCGCAUUGUCACGGGCAUGCAAACUGGUCACGAGAUUUGGGCAAACAUUAUUGAGGUCGGACUGGCUAUCUACCUGCUUCAACGACAGCUUGGUAUUGCCUGCACUAUCCCAGUUGGAGUAGCAGUUUUGUCCUUUGGCGGGUCGCUUGUCGCGACUAGCAUGGUGAUGCAAAAACAAGCAUUGUGGCUCGAGGGCAUUGAGCGACGGAUUGCAGCCACAACCGCUAUGCUAAGCUCUAUACGUGGGGUCAAGAUGACCGGCCUUACAGAUGUGUUGCGAGCAGACCUGCAGCGCCUGCGCGUCGAGGAGCUCACAAUAUCAAGAAAGUUCAGGAAGCUUCUGAUCUGGACAAUGGCGAUAUCGUUCUCCUCUCCACUUUUGUCGCCUAUCCUUACCUUUGCGGUAUUCUCUAUCCUUGCGCAAAAGAGCAACGGCACCAGCACGCUUAACACGGCCAAGGUAUUCACGUCGCUUUCACUCUUCACGCUCUUGUCAGAGCCUCUUAGUUCGCUCAUCAUGUCUUUGUCCUCAUUCAUGGGUGGUGUCGGCUCAUUUCAGAGGAUCCAAAGGUUUCUCGUCAACCCAUCGCAGGUCGAGCAUCGUCGGUCUCCAUAUCUGAUCGGAACCCUUGGGUCAACGUCGGACUUAGGCGACGACUCUGACAAGGAUUCGGACGAAUCCCAGAAGAGUCGCUUCUCCUUAGACGUCCGAGAGUUCGGAUCCACAUCGUCAACGGCCGUGCUAGUUGAGAAUGGGUACUUUGGCUGGGACAAGGAAAAACAAGCAACAGGUUGCCUGCAAGCCAUCAACAUGGCUGUCCCACGAGGUAAAAUUACCAUGGUCGUGGGUCCGGUAGGCUGCGGCAAAUCGACAUUGAUCAAGGCCAUCCUGGGUGAGCUCCCGGUUAUGGGUGGCACAGUCCAGCUGUCGUCCGUGCGUAUCGCCUUGUGCGAUCAGACGCCGUGGCACGUGAAUGGCACUGUACAACAGAGUAUCAUCGGAGCAUCGGAAUUCGAUCAGCGAUGGUAUGCAGCGGUCGUUCGCAGCUGCGCUUUAGACGAAGAUCUGCGCCAACUGCCGCAAGGAGACCAGACGCAGAUCGGUAGCAAGGGUAUUGCCCUGAGUGGGGGUCAGAGCCAGCGUAUUGCUCUUGCGAGAGCGAUCUACGCUCAAAAGGAUAUCGUCAUCCUCGAUGAUUGCUUGAGUGGGCUUGACGGUCAGACCGAAAACCGUGUCUGGCACAGUCUCUUCGGUCGCAAUGGUCUUCUUCGAAGAUGCAGAUCCACCGUUCUGAUCGCAUCUUCGUCAGCAAAGCGCUUGCCGUAUUGCGACCACAUCGUCGCGCUUAGCAAAGAGGGCAGCAUCUCAGAGCAAGGCACAUUCGAAAAAUUGAACGCGACCGGUGGCUAUGUUGCUAACUUCGAUCUGCCCCCUCCGGACUGGGAUUUUGUUCCAGAGAAGCACAUCUAUGAAGCGCCGCCGCGGUACUCCGAGCGUGCGAACAACGGCAUGGUCACUGAAGACGACAUUCAAGCGGAGACCAACCGUCGCACAGGUGAUGUGGCCAUCUACUACUACUACAUUAAAUCUGUGGGCUGGACUGCCGCGCUUAUCUUUAUGGUUUCAGUCACCCUGUUUAUCUUUGGACAAUCAUUCCCCACGAUUUGGGUAAAGCUAUGGGCUGAGUACAACAAUGAGUUUCCUAAUCAGCGACUUGGAUACUACCUUGGUGUGUACGCUGCUCUUGGUGUCGGAGCUAUGAUAUUCCUUAUCAUCAGCUGCUGGCAACUCAUCAUUGAGAUGGUCCCACGUUCGGGUAUCGCUUUUCACAAGAGACUCCUGAAUACGGUCCUUGGCUCUCCAAUGUCAUUCUUUGCAUCAACUGAUACCGGUGUCACUCUGAACCGCUUCAGUCAGGAUCUCAUGCUCAUUGAUAUGGAGCUGCCCGUUUCUGCGCUGAACACUUUCGCAACUUUCAUAUUGUGUAUCGCACAGAUGAUUCUCAUCGCCGUCGCCGCCCCGUUCGCGACCAUCUCUUUCCCAGUAGUUGGUGGGAGUGUCUACUUUAUCCAGAAGUUCUACCUGCGCACCUCAAGACAGCUAAGAUUUCUCGACCUCGAAGCCAAGUCGCCUCUAUACACACAAUUCAACGAGAUGCUAGAGGGUCUAGCUACUAUCCGAGCUUUCGGGUGGCAGGACUUCCUCGGAGAGAAAGCCAGAGAGCUACUGGAUCGCAGCCAACGUCCCUUCUAUCUGCUCUUUGCCGUCCAGCGUUGGCUGACUCUGGUGCUGGAUCUCAUUGUCGCGGCCGUGGCCACUCUCCUCAUUAUACUGGUGGUCGUGCUCAAAGGGAAGCUCAGCGCCGGCUACGUCGGUGUCGCUUUACUCAACGUUAUCCUCUUCUCGCAGAGCAUCAAGCUGCUCAUUCACUGGUGGACGCAGCUUGAGACACACAUUGGAAGUGUGGCGCGUAUCAAAACCUUCACCACCGACGCGAUCAGCGAAGACCUAGAAGGAGAGGACCAGGUCCCACCGCCAAGCUGGCCUAGCGAUGGCAAGAUCGAAUUCAAGGAUGUUACCGCAUGUUACCGGCCAUAUGAACCAGUCAUCUCGAAGUUCUCCAUCUCGAUCGCGCCAGGCGAGAAGGUUGCAAUUGUCGGUCGCACUGGAAGCGGUAAAUCUUCCCUUGUUCUGUCACUCUUCCGCAUGAUCGAACUCUCGGCCGGAUCCAUCACCAUCGACGGUCUUCCCCUCCACCGCAUCCCUCGCCAGACUGUACGAUCAAGAUUGAUUGGUCUCCCUCAAGACGCAUAUCUCCUGCCAGGCUCCAUUCGGCUGAAUGCCGACCCACUGCAACAAAGUAACGACAAAGCCAUCAUGCAGGCACUCAAGGAUGUGCAGCUUUGGGACACCGUCGUAAGCAAGGGCGAUGAAAGCAAGUAUGCGCAUCCGCUCGACGUUGAUGUCGAAGACCUGCACUUCUCGCAUGGACAGCGACAGCUCUUCUGUCUUGCUCGGGCGAUCUUGAGGAAGGACAAAGGGAGUGUCCUCGUGCUCGAUGAAGCAACUAGCAAUUUGGAUCAAGCCUCCGACUCGCAUGUCCAGCGCUUGCUGCGGUCGAAGUUCACGGCUCACACUAUCAUCGCUGUUGCCCACAAGCUUGACACGGUGCUUGACUUCGACAAGGUCAUUGUUAUGAACCAGGGCCAGCUUGUGGAGUAUGGCGAGCCAUACAAGCUCCUCGAGCGCGAAGGUAGCUGGUUCAAGUCCUUGUACGAGGACGUAUCGCUAAACGUGGGACCCGCGGGUGAGGAUGAUAUUCUAGAGAUCGCACAGUGAGGCUGUCGCUUUUCCUUUCCACGUACACAAUGGCGGUGACGCAUUUUUGUCCUUUCCGGCGUUGUUCUCUUCCAACAUGUCUUCAUAAUCUGCGACGGCGCUCGCAUUCCUUGCAUACUGCUUCUUGGGCGUCGUUUGCUCCGCGGAAAUUGGGCCGCCAAAAGCUCUUGUUCAUUCGCUUGUUUGGGUAACACAUUCGGCGCGUAUCAUCGUCUGUACACAAGCAUCUUGGUAGCAUUUUCCAUCUUAGCGCCGAAAUCGUCUUCUUGGUGUCCUGCAAAUUUUUAUUAUCGUGUCUGUGCAGAAUCUGUGCGCU